AUGUAUACUCGGAUUGGAUCGACGCCUGCGAGAAUGUGGCGCAAGAGGCAGCUGCGCAGGAAGCAGAAGAUCAGAAGUUCAGCAGCUACGCGACGGCGAGACCGGGCGGUGCCGCUGCGGCGGGCGGGGACGAUGAGGGAGAGGAUGGUGAUUAUGGAGGUUAUUGAGCAGAAAGCGAGAACACCACCUUAUCGACUCAGAAACCGACGGCGGGAAGUGCUAGCUUGGACAGCUCGGCUUGACACUACAAUCAGGAAUGGGCGUUCGGGAAACAUCGAUCGUGUUUGGAAGGAAAUAAGGACGGAAAAGGUGCUCGAUAUCAGAUAUGGAAUGCAUGAUUUGGCAUAUUGGGAGUUAAUUCAUAUUGGCAUGGACCAUAUCGAUCUCAGGCAGCAAGAAUGA